AUGCGCACUCUAUCCCUACGAAGAGUAGGACUGAUGACAGAAAGCAAUCAAAACCUCGAGAAGCUGGAACAGCAUAUCCUAGCCAAUGAUCACAUGUCUCUCGAGAAGGCUGUGCAAGAAGCCAUUGACAGCCUUCAUCUCAAGAAAUCAUCAUCAUGGCGAUCUGCGGACGAAGAAGAAGGGGAAGAGGGGGGGGAGGAGGAUGAGGAAGAUGAAGAUGAGGAUAAUGACGAGGAUGGGGAAGAAGCGGAAUCAGAAAAUAGCGACGAUGUGGAUGAAGAGUAA